CGUCAUCGGAAAGCGCCGGUGGUGGGUUUGUGUAUCGGCUGCUGGGCGAACAGCUGCUCCGCCUGUGUUUGGCUGUUGUUUUGCCGCCCAUGUGCUGCUAUCACGAGCUCUGGAGGCGAUGCUCUGCCUGGAUGAUGCUUCUCACUGUCAAACAGCUGCUCGGGGAGAUGUAGCUCGCCAGCCCGCCCCAGGUGCUUUGAAAACUCGGUGUGCAGAUGUUUUCAGUUGCACAGCCGCAUACAUGAAGAUGAUUGAAAGGGAUUAAAGUGGCUGCAGCUUGCCAGAGGACUCACUGCUCCAGUCAUACACUACAUGACUGAACCUCCCUCUGAGCUGCAGCCAUGACUUGAUUCACAUGAAGAAAAGUUUUAAAAAACAUUAACAGAUACUUCGCUCAUCAUAAGCAGUCACGGCCCAUAACAGUUAGAUGCUGUACACUGUAGAGCCAUGUCUCCAGCAGCAGGCUCAGUUAGACCUUGAACUUGUGUCGAUGGGGAGGCAGCUGUCCCAAUCAGGAUUGGCCCACCAGUCAGUUCUGCUGUAAAUCAGGUCUGACCCAUGACUGAGUACUACGAGGAGGGGGGGCUGCUGUACGAGCAAUCACCUCCCAUGCACAUCAAAGUGGAGUCUCCAGAGGGACCCUUUGGAGGGGGAGGCUCAGAAAACGGCUUCCCCAGGGAGGAUGACGACUCGGAGGGCAGCUGUGACCAGAGCACUGGAUUACCUGGGGGGCUCCCGUUCAACGUGGUAGUGGUGCAUCCGAACAUCAUGGCACCUGGCAUGUCCUCAGACGACCUCUUAUCCAUCGAGCAAAACAGGGCUAUGUCCGCUGCACUGGCUGCUGGUGGCUCUGGGAAAAGAAAGAGUCGUUUCAGUGGAGCGGAGCUGGAAGUGUUGGUUUCAGAAGUCACUCGGUGUGAGGGAGAGCUCUUUGGUCCUGCGGGGCGCCUCCGGCGGCGGGAGCGAGAGCGCAUCUGGGCAGGAAUCCUGGAGAGAGUCAAUGCUGUAUCCAGAGUCCCGCGUACUCUCCGUGAGGUGAAGAAGCGCUGGGAUGACUUAAAGAGGCGGAAUGGUGGCAGGCUGGCAGAUGCCAGGCACCGAACCUGUUACUUGCCAUCCAGCAGAGAGGCCUCAAUGCUUGGACGUCCUUCGCAGCAAAGCUCCAGACUUCAGCAAGCCAGACAAAAGCAAAACACCCGACCAAAGCCCAGUUUCCCAUGUUUCCCUGACUCGGAUACAGGUGUAGGUAUGGAAGGAUCAGAGAGAGAUGGUUUAGAAAAAGACGAGGAAAAUCAAGAACGUGAGAGAGACAUCGGAGAGCCUGAAUGUGAAGCAGUAGAGCACAGCAUGGAGGACAAAUUGGGAUUAGGACUGGGUCUAGGCAUUGGGCCACCCCCUCCAUCCGAACGAUGGCUGCCUCCGUCCCCGCUCUACAGUGCUCCUUUCCUCAAUGGCAGCCCUCAACCCAGUAGUCCUCAGCCAUCGCUUGGAGCCCAGCAGGGUCCUCUUGAAGCCCCUCCACGCACCUCCUGGCUGGAAGAUGAGCUGCGAGGAUUAGGGGAAGCAGCAAUGCAACUGGGAAAUAGGGUUGAAAAGAGUCUGCAGGAUUUUGGGGAAGGUUUCAGAGAGGACAUGAGAACACUUGUUGCUUCACAAGAGGCAUUAACAGUCAGUCUACAGCAAAACAAUGUCCUCUUACAAAGGCUGCUAGGAGUGCUUGAGGCCCAGCAACAACCACAGCAACAUCGGGUACAACAAGUGCAUCAAUCACAAACAUCGCAACAGCACUUACAGGCACAGCCAGCUCUUCAGCAGCUGGAACCUAUAGAACCACAACAGCAGCAGCGUGUUGAAACACCACAGCAGUCACAUGUACAGCCACAGCCACAAACACAAAUACAGCAGCAACCGCAGGUCACCCAGCAUCCAAAUAGUCAGUCAGCGUUAGUGGUGGCACCUGCUCCAUCGUCCCCUGACAUACGUGGCACUUUUCCUUCUGAUCCACCCACAAACGCAAGUGUGCAGAGGCCGCGGCGAGGGAGAGCAGUCGAUCACAGACGCAGAAGACGACGUUGAGAGCAAAGUACUUAAUAAUUCAAAGUGCACAUUAAGCUUAUUUGGAAUUUCAAAAUGUGGCAAGAAGGUAUGCUCUUUUUCUACUGACAGUAUUUCUGUAAAAAUGAACUGAGUUGUUUGGAGUUUUACUGCCUGCUCCAAACCAGUGAUUCAUCUUGCACUUACGUUUGUCUAUGAAGGACUUAGACAGAAAAUGAAUUUACAUACAAGAUAAUGGUAUGGCCUUAACAUUAUCUUGGUUCCUCUUACAUAUGAACAUGUGCUGAAAGACUUCUGUGGAGUGACAGCCUCACUCAUGACUUUCAAUAUUCUGACAACAAAAUAUAAUGUAGGUGCUGUUUAAUAUGCAUGUCCCUGUACAUGAUUUGCAGAAGUGCUGCAAAGCUCAUGAUGCUCUUACUGGUUCAGUACUGUCUCAACUCUCCUGAUACACUAACUGCAUUGUCAUAAAGUACUUGUAAUCUGCAGUUGUUACCAUAUAUUGUAGUUAUACAGCUGUUGUAAUGACCUGAUAAUGUAUGCUUGUGCUUUUUUAACAGUUUCAUGAUACAUACUUUUCCAGCUUUGGUUGGAUAAUAAAGUUAGAAUGUGUUCUGUUCAGUGCGUUUUGAGACACAAAUGCUACAUAAAAAAUGACAGAUUGGCUGAUAAGAAAAACAAAACCCAUCAGACGUCAAACCUUCCAGUAGGCUUAAGACUAACCUUCAUAUGUUUCUAGUGGACUUUAAAAGCAUACACAUGUAUGUAGGGGCUAUUUAUUAUUAUAACCUUGCAUGCAGUAUGAUGGAUGUGUUUCUAGAUUGUUGCUAACAAUAUAUGGCCAUCUACAUAGUUUUGCACAAGCUAUAUUUUGUAGAUAGCAAAUGUUCUGAUGAAAUGUAACUCAAAUUUAAUAAAAGUCAGAAACUGACUGCAAAUAAAUCAA